AUGGCCGGCCCGUCGAAUAUUCAUCUUGACCCUGCGCUGCAGAAGUACUAUGACACGCACAAGAACCGCUACAAGUAUUUCAGGUGGACGCCUCGCACCGCCUGGAUCUCCUUCUGCUACAUGGCCGUCGUUCCCGGGAUCAUAGGCUAUAUUGCAUACAAGACAGACGGUAAAUAUGACUUCAGAGGGAAACGAAGAGGCGACACAAUAGCGGAAUGGUGA